AUGGAAUCGAGCACUGAUAGUGAUACUUUCAGCGUUGGCGACCAACAUCGCGGUAGUGCGGGAUCCAUUAUGAUGCCGAACGCUACAGGACCCGCCACAGAAAACCCCUUUGAGGAACCUCAACAUCGCAUCAGCGAAUACACAGCACAGGAAAUCGCAACACUACAAGCCCGUCUUGAUAAGAAAUUGGGACCCGAAUAUAUCUCUGCGCGACCCGGUGCUGCGGGGCAGAAAGUUCAUUAUCUCUCCGCAGACAAAUGCAUUAAUCUUGCGAAUGAAGUGUUUGGAUUUAAUGGCUGGUCCAGUUCAAUCAAGACGAUUCAGAUUGAUUUUGUUGAGGAGAAUCAAACCACAGGCAAGAUCAGCCUGGGACUUUCAGUCAUUAUGCGAGUCACUCUGAGGGAUGGAACAUUUCAUGAGGAUAUUGGCUACGGUCAUAUUGAGAACUGCAAAGGCAAGGCCGCAGCAUUUGAGAAGGCCAAGAAAGAAGGCACAACAGAUGCUUUGAAACGUGCAUUGAGGAACUUUGGUAACGUGUUGGGUAACUGUAUCUAUGACAAGGAUUAUGUGGCCAAAGUGACCAAAGUCAAGGCAGCGCCUGGCAGAUGGGAUGUCGAAGACCUUCACCGCCACCCUGACUUCGCACCUGCUAAGAAACAGCUGCCUCCACCCAAACGUGUACCGGAAGAGGAUGAUUUACCCCUCCCUCGUCCUAUACAUCAAGCGAGAGGCAAUAAUCCUGGGAACAACGUUUCUUUUGAAGGGGACGGCGAGUUUGGUAGUGACCUCUUUGAUGAAGCCGAUUUUGGGGUACCCGAGACCGAUACAGGCAAUCCUGAUGAGAUCGUGGUAGAUACAGAGAUCCAUCGAGAACAGCAGCGCUCCGUGCCAACGCACGGUCCAGCGCCUCAAAGAGGACAGCCUGUUCGAGCAGGGUUUAACCCCGCUGUCGUAACACCAUCAAAACCAGAGCGAUGGAACGGUUCGGGCCAAGCGGGACGACCGAAUCCCCUGAAUGCGCGACAUAACCCAUCGGCUAUCCCAUCUCCAGCUGGAAUACAAGGUCGACCGAUGGCUGCCCAAGGUCCUGCUCAAAAUCUUGCAAACCCCAGACUAUCAGCCCCACAACAGCAACCAGUUGGUCAGAAUAUUCCACAAAACAACAUAGCACAGCCUCCGGUCAAAAGGGACACCGUCCCCGGGGGCUUCCAGGGAAAUCAGGAUAUGAACCCACCGCAAGGAACGCCAUCAUCCGGUUUCUUUUCUGCCAGAGCAGUGGAUCUCCUCCGUGAAAACCCACACUCCAUCCCGUCGGGAGCACCUCAAUUCGAUCCACAUGCAGAGAGUCCCUCCAUCCGUAAGACGGCUGGUGUUGAUCAUACAAAAAGCAUUCCUAUCGCUAGGCCGAUGCUAUCGGGCGCUUCUCCAGCACCCGCCGCUCCAGCCCCAUCCAAUAAUAUUAACAACCCACGCGAUUUCGUCAAUCCCGCAACGGAUCUGCAGCGCAGAGUCGGUGCUCCCGGUGGUGGAGUCAACAGUCCGGUCAGCAGAGGCCCUUCUGUCUCAUCAUAUCGACCGUUGACCCGGCCCAACAUUGACCAAAGGAACGCUUCUAACUCAGCCGUGAUGAAUCGAGGCAGUGUGCCACCUCAGCAGAAUCUCAACGGGAAACGGCCUCCACUGGUAGACGUCACCAAUGCCGAUGCUACACCUGGCGCAUAUACAGGGGUCGCGGCUUCCGGUCCAAAUGACCCAAAACGCCCCCGAGUCUCGGAUGUUGACUCCUCUGGGCCUUCUUCUGGGCCUCGCCCACCAACCCAGUAA